UUUCUGUUGUUCUUCCGCUGUUUUCAUCAGGCAUCAGUUGCGAGGGGAGGAGGAAACCGGUCGGCAGCAUGUCGCUGUACGAUGAUCUCGGGGUCGGUGCCAGUGACACCAAGACCGAAGGCUGGUCCAAAAACUUCAAGCUGCUCCAAUCUCAGCUAAAAGUGAAGAAAGCGGCCCUGACUCAGGCUAAGACUCAGCGUAUGAAGCAGACCACCGUUUUAGCGCCGGUUAUCGAUCUGAAGAGAGGAAGUUCCAGCGACGACCGACUGAACACAGACACACCUCCACACGCUGCUGUUGGACUUAAGGAUGCCGUUCCCAGCGGUUUCUCCUCCGGAGACGUGCUGAUCCCGCUGGCCGACGAGUACGACCCCAUGUUCCCCAACGACUACGAGAAGGUGGUCAAGCGUCACAGAGAAGAACAGCAGCGAAAGAGGGAGCAGGAGCGGCUAAAGGAGAUCGAAGAGAGAGAAAAGAGGAGGAAAGAGAGACAUGAGAACGCCGCUCCGAGUGGUUUCUCCCGUUUCCCGGCAACAGAGGAAGACUCUGAUGAAGAAGAGGAGUAUGAGAAAGAGUGGAAGAAGCGAAGUAUCGGUGGAGCAGCUAUCGCCCCUCCUUCAUCACUGGUAGACAGAGAUGGUAAAUGUGAUGAGCCAUCAGGACCCUCUUCAUACUCUUAUGAAGAUGAAGGUCGUCCACCAAGAGGUGGAAAGGCGGCCAUUCCUCCUCCCAUUUAUGAGGAUUCGGAUCGUCCACGUUCCCCGCCUGGACCAACCAGCUCCUUCUUAGCCAACAUGGGUGGUACGGUGGCCCAUAAGAUCAUGCAGAAGUACGGCUUCAAAGAAGGCCAGGGACUGGGAAAGCACGAGCAAGGCCUGAGCACGGCGCUGUCUGUGGAGAAGACCAGCAAGAGGGGCGGAAAGAUCAUCAUUGGAGACGCUGCAGAAAAACCAGGUUCCAGCCAAUCGGGCGCUGCUGAUGCUUCAGGCGGAGCCGCUAUAGACCCUUCCAAGAAGUCGGACGCCAAUCCGCUGACAGAGAUCCUGAAAAACCCGACCAAAGUAGUUCUCCUGAGGAACAUGGUAGGUCGAGGAGAGGUGGACGAAGACUUGGAGGGGGAGACGAAAGAAGAGUGUGAGAAAUACGGCAAAGUGGUCAAAUGUGUCAUUUUUGAGAUCGCUGAGGUCCCUGAUGAUGAAGCUGUCAGGAUAUUCUUAGAGUUUGAACGAGUGGAGUCCGCCAUCAAAGCCGUCGUGGAUCUAAACGGACGUUAUUUUGGAGGUCGGGUCGUCAAGGCCUGCUUCUAUAAUCUGGACAAGUUUCGAGUUUUGAAUCUCGGGGAGCAGGUGUGACGUGGAUCCAGAGAAGCUGACCGAACACUAGCAACCCCCCACCCCCCCACCCCCAAUGCUUCUCUCUUGUACAU